AUGGCCUCCCAGAACACGGCACUGAAGGAGUUGCUCCUCGGCUCGGGCUCCGGCCAGCUGAACCUGUCGGCGGUCCGAGCCCGUGCCGAGGAGUUGAAGCGCUCACUAGACCAGAUCAUCCAAGGCCUCCAGUUUGCGGCAGACAGGGUGCAGUGGCCUGACGUGCUGGACCGCUUUGCCGUGAUCAACGUGCAGUACCAGCACCUGCUGGACGCGCUGCGCCCGCUGCUGCGCCAGUUUGCCGCCUACCCGCGCUCCGUCAACCAGACCAACGCCCCCAUCCUGCCCAUCAUGCUGGCCACCAAGCUGCUGCCGGAGAUGGAGGGGGAGGAGGCGGAGCUGCUGCAGGAGCUGGAGGCGGAGCGGCGGCGGCGGGGCGGGGAGGGCCAGGCGGCGGCGGCGGCGCAGCUGUCCAUGGCGGAGCAGUUUGCGUGGGUGCAGGACCAGGAGCAGCAGCUGAACCACCUGAUCGACCAGCUGGCGCGGGAGGAGGGCAGCCCGCUGGGCGAGAGGCGCCGCAAGGAGGUGCAGGCGGCGGCGGCCAAGGCGGCGGCGGCGACGGCGGCGCCCGCCACGCGCCCGCCUGCGCCGGCGGCGCGGCAGCCGCAGCAAGGGGGGCCACCCAGGGGGCCGGGGGCGCCAGACCCGCUGUUGGCGGCGGUCACUUUUGGCACCGGGCUCAGCUGA